GGACUGUCAGAACAUGACUUCUAUAAAAGAGCAGGCGGCAAUUAGCCGCCUCUUAAGUUUUUUGCAAGAGUGGGACAAUGCGGGCAAAGGCCUGAGAACACAGAUUCUCACCAAGUUCAUCGAAACCAAUGAAGGCAAGACCGGGCCCGAGCUGGAGCUGGAGUUUUCCCAGGGAGCCAGCUUGUUCCUCAUCCGACUGACUACCUGGCUUAGAAUCAUUUAUAUGACUGGCUUGGAAUUAGAGAAGAUCCUGAGGUCCAUUGGCAUCUUCUUGUCUGCCGUGAGCAGCAAUCGAUACCUGAUAGAAUUUCUUGAGAUUGGAGGUGUCCUAACACUUUUGGAAAUACUUGGCCUAGAAAAAAUCAAGGAAGAGGACAAAAGGGAAUCCGUCAAACUACUUCAGAUUAUUGCAAAUAACGGCAGGAAGUACAAGGAACUCAUCUGUGAAAGCUAUGGUGUGAGAGCCAUAGCAGAAUUUCUGGCCAAGUCUAAAUCGGAAGAGACCCAGGAGGAAGUGCAAAUUCUGCUGGAUGCUCUGCUCCAUGGUAACCCCAAGUACCAGAAUCAAGUUUAUAAAGGUCUAAUAGCUCUGCUGCCCUGUGGGUCCCCAAAAGCCCAGCAGCUGGCCUUGCAGACUCUCAGGACUGCCCAGUCAAUCAUUGGAGCCACACACCCCAGCAUCGUGGACUGUGUGCUCUCCGUCCUGGGCACAAUGCACCUGGAGGUCCAGUAUGAAGCCAUUGAGCUGAUAAAGGACCUGAUCCACUAUGACGUGCGCUUGCCUCUGCUCAAGGGCCUCGUGGCACUGCUCAUCCCAUCAGUCAAGGAAACUUCCAAACUGCAGGCCAAGAUCUUCACUGACUCAUCGAUUAUCCAGGUCACCACUCAGCUACCAGUGUUCUUGCAGCAGGCUGCGGCUGCCAAGACCAUCGGGGUCCUGGCGCGAAAUGACUUGAAAGUGGCAGAGGAGCUACUGCACAUGCGUGUGGUCCACAGCCUGAUGACAGCCAUGGGCAACACGGACCACAGCAAUAGCCAGAGACUGGCCAGCCUCACACUAGAGUUAUUCGUGCAAAUGUUCCCAUUGGUGGAGGAACAUGUCCGCAAGUCCAUGGGGGAGGAACUCUACCAGCUCUUCCUUAGCAAUGCUGAGAUCUUGUAUGCCAAAAUAGAUAGCAUUCAGGCAGACAUCUUGGCAGCCAACAAAGUCAAUGUUACCAAAGCCUUACACCUCUGUGAAGGUACCACCAACAGCUGCUUCAACUUUUUCAUGGGUCCUGGAGAUUUGAAGGAGGUGGAUUAUGUCACCCACUUUGAGAAGUUUUGUUCAGAAUCGAAGAAGUGACAGAGCCCCUGUCGCAAUCAAGAAGGCCAAGACUGUGCCUCAUGGAAGCCUGCCUACCAGGAGGAAGGCGUUGAAGACAGCGCCUCUUGGUUCUGGGUGGGAAUCUGGGAGUUAGAAAACACAGUGGGGGAGAGGGAAAGCAGAAGGAUCUAAUA